UGUGGCUUCACAAUAACACAAACAUUCAUAUACUACACCAGAUUUACAUAUUACCGGUGUUGACAUCAGCACAAAUAACCAAUGAAAACAUGCAGAAUUCCACAAAGCAGGCUGAUGGCAGCAUGUUAAGAACAUCAUAAAACACGUUUCAUGAAGUUUCAGUGUAGCCCCUGCCCUUCAGUGGGAGUUGCUCUCUGAGCUAGUGUAGGUGUGUUUUAAUUAUAAAAGAUACUUAACCCAGAUUCAGAAAAUUACUGUGUGAUAAUAUAUUAAUAACAGUAUUAUUAAUGUGUAAGAAGUAAAAUAUGGCUUACUGUAACCUGAGGUGUAAGAAUGAAAGCUUAAAACGGCUGUUGUGUGCGCAUGCGCUGACUCCAGGUCCAGAUCCAGCUGUCCGGGCUUUGGCUGCAUUGUACUCAACAGCCAUUUAGCCCCGCGGUGCUGUUUGUCUGUCUGCCGCUGUCUGUGCUUCUGUUAGUGGGAAUAUCGCCGACGUGGGAACUCUGGGAAUAUCACAGUGCUUCACGGAAUGCCUGGAACUAGCUGUCCCCCCGGCCAGCGCGGAGAAGCGCCCGUUAAACGUCGCCGUUCGCAGCCGCUCUCCGCUUUUCUCCGGGAUGUGACCGUGUGAUGGCUGCGGUCCAGUGAGCUGGGAGCACGUUGACUGGUCCGCCUGUUUGCCCAGCAGCUUUCGGAGCUUGUCCUCAUCGUUUCACCGGGAUUUAUCGCAACCUAUGGAGUGUACAUGAAUAUUGGUCGGACAGGGAUUCCAAUCGGGGAAUACAACCGGGAUACAACCAGCUGCCGAGCCGAGUCGCCUUGAGUUGUGCUCGGUGACAGAGCCUCGUGUCCGCACGCUGACCGUCUGUCUGCAGAUGGUUCCCGUCUAUCAGGCGACCUGUGCAAUCCAAGAGGCGAUGCGGGGAGCCGGGUGGAGGCGUGGGGUCCGGCCCUGAGGAGGCGUCCUGCGGCUGGGAGGAGCGUGGCCCUCCUGCAGCCCUCCUGUGGCGCUCCGGGACGCUCCUACUAAGAUGUCCCUCAGCAGCGGCCCUGCAGGCGGGAAAGGUGUGGACUCCAACGCGGUGGACACGUACGACAGCGGUGAUGAGUGGGAUAUCGGUGUUGGCAAUCUGAUCAUUGACCUGGACGCCGACUUAGAGAAGGACAAGCUAGAGAUGUCGAGCAGCAAGGAGGGAGGGGGCAUGGCGGCCCCUCCCAGCGCCGUGGCAGCUUUACCUGACAAUAUAAAGUUUGUUAGCCCUGCGUCCGCCACGGCGGGCAAAGAGAGCAAAUCCAAAUCCAAGCGCAGUAAAAACUCUAAGGAGAGCGUGAAGACGCCGCACUCAGACGGAGCUAAAAAAGAGGUUCAGGGCCGGGUCCCCGGGGACCUGCCGCCCCAGAACGCCAACUCUGCCCCGAGCAAGGGGACGGACAAGUCGAGUAAGCCCUCCCGCAUCCUCCCUGUGGUGAAAAAGGACAAGGACGGGGUGUCUGGGAAAAGCAAGAAGGAGAAAAUGGAGGCGGGAGCGGCGAACGCUGAGAAAGAGUCCUCGGUGCUGCCGUUAGGAGCACCUCGAGGCGGACCCUUUGAGGGCCAACAGGCCCCCGAGCUCGCUACGGCCGAGCAGCUCGGGAACACGCCGCUGGACUCAGCCAGGAUAGGCCAGGUCGUGACGACGGAGCAGGAAGAGGUGGAUGGGGGCGACUGCCGAAAUCUGAAGAAAGCGAUGGGUGGGGAAAAGAUGGAGUCUCCAGUCUCCACCCCAGCUCCUCCCCCUCUCCACCUCCUCGGCUCCGUCCCCAGCAGCGGCGACAUCUCGUCUCCCUGCGAGCAGAUCAUGGUCCGCACACGCUCGAUCGCCGUGAACACCGUUGACGCGGCGCUGGCGACCGAGCCGGAGUGCCUGGGACCCUGUGAGCCGGGAACCAGCGUGAACCUGGAGGGCAUCGUGUGGCAGGAGACGGAGGACGGUAUGCUGGUUGUGAACGUCACCUGGAGGAACAAGACGUACGUUGGAACUCUGCUGGACUGCACGCGGCACGACUGGGCGCCGCCGAGGUUCUGCGAGUCUCCCACCAGUGACGUGGAAAUGCGGAGCGGCCGCGGUCGAGGUAAGAGGAUGCGUCCCAGCAGCAACACGCCGUUGAACGACAACAGCAACUCGUCGGACAAUAAAGGCAGCGGCAGCAGUAAGACGCGCGGCGCCACGGCCAACAGCAAAGGGCGGCGUGGGAGUCAGACGGCUGGCUGCGGCGAAGACGCCAAAGCCAGCCCGUCCUCCGCUAAGAGGAAGACAAAGCCCGCCUCAGAUAUGGACCCCACCUCCAGCUCAGAGGACACCAAAGCGUCAAAGCGCAUGAGAACGAACUCGACCGGCGCCGGGACGCCUCUGCCUGGAAGCAAAGCCGAUUCACUGCCGCCGCCACAGCUGGACCGGACCUGCCCCUCCCCCGUCCUCAUCGACUGCCCCCACCCCAACUGCAACAAGAAGUACAAGCAUAUCAACGGACUGAAGUACCACCAGGCCCGCGCCCACAACGACCAGGACGUCCGACUGGACCAGGACGGUGACAGCGAGUACGGGGACGACCCCGCCCUCCAUCCCGAACCCGCCUCCUGCAACGGCGCCGCCAUCUCGCCUGCUCGCUCCACUACACCGAAGGGUCGGGGCUUCGAUGCCCCCUCGCCCUCACCAGGCAAGCUGACAUCAAAGGUUAAAAAGAAGACGAGCGAGGCUGAGCCUGAGGUGACGGACGGUGGCGAGGAGGGGGCGUGUUUGACUGACGAGGCCAGUAAUGACGGCAUGGACGACAGGAAGGUCAAGAAAAUGACGGCCGGGGGGAAAGCUGAGAAACUGGGACAGAAAGGCUUGAAGCUGACUCGCCCCGCCGGCGCGCCCGGAGUUCCCUCGCCAUACUCCCUCCAAGCAUCCUCCCCCGCUCUUGGCUCAGUGGUACAGUCCGUACCCAAAAGCCCCCAGCUGAAAAACGUCCAGCCUAAACCCGCGCCCCUCACUGACCCCGCCUCCAGCCCCGCCCAUUCCAAGGACAAGAAAAAGAAAGACAAAAAGAAGAGGGACGGCGGAAAGGAAGAGGACAGCCCGAAGGCGAUGGGUAAGGCGGGGAGGCCAGAGGAGGGCAAGAGCCCCUACUCUGAGGCGUCAGACGCUUUGCUCAACGGCUCCUCGGAAGCUCAGCAGAGCCGGCUCGCCAGCAUCAAAGCCGAAGCCGACAAGGUGUACAGUUUCUCCGACAACGCACCCAGCCCGUCCAUCGGCGUGGCCAGCAGGAUGGAGGCCGGCCUGGCGCCCACGCUUCACAUGACCCAGAACGGAGCCGACAACGCAUCGGUCAAGACCGGUAGCCCCGCCUACUCUGACAUCUCUGAUGCUGGGGAGGACGGCGAGGGUAAGGCAGAGGGGGUAAAGGUCAAGCCAGAGCCUGACCAGGGACCUCGUGAGAGCGCCAAGAAGGCGCUGUUUCCCCCUCAGGCGUCCAGUAAAGAUUCGCCGUACUACCCCAGCUACGACGCCUACUACUCCCCCACCUAUGCCAACCCCAGCCCGGGACCAGCGCCUGCAGCACCACCUCAUGGUGAGAUAGCACAAGUGAAAGUGAAGAAAGAGGAGGAGCUUGAGGUGGGAGAGGAGGGAAAACUGAAGGAGGAGCCUCAGGAGGAGAGAAAGGUGGAGCCAGGGCCUCCGCAGCCAUCAGUCAUCCAGCAGCGCUCCAACAUGUACGCCCAGCCGCUCUAUUACAACCAGUACUACGUCCCUCCCUACUCCUACUCCCACGAGCAGGCCUACCACGCCCACCUCUUGGCCUCCAACCCUGCCUACCGUCAACACUUCGAGGAGCAGCGACAGCGCCACGCUGACAAGAAGGCGGAGAGCAAAGAGCGCGAGGCUUCCGUGAAAGAAGAGUGGAAGCAGAAGGCAUCGGUACCGCCCACUCUGUCAAGGGCGCCCAGCCUCACGGAUCUGGGCGCCAGGGGAGGCGUGAACCCAGCGAAGCCCAAAGAGCCCGCCACGGCUUCGGAACAGGCCAAGUCGGUCAUCAUGGCGAAGGGAGAGGACUCCAAGGCGCCCGCCGCCCAGCCCGAGGGUUUGAAGAUCAAGCUGAGUGAAGGAGGGCAUCACGGGAAAGAAGAGCCAAAGUCAGGGGCAGAGCCGGGCCGAGCAGCGAGCGUCGAAGCUGCCAUGUGGUACAGACAGGAGCCCGACUCACGUCUGUGGUCCUACGUCUACCCCAGCAAAUACUCGGAGGCUCCCAAACUUCAGGAGGACGACAGGUGGAAGGAGGAGCGGGACAGGAAGGUGAAGGAAGAGAGGCCGCGGCCCAAGGAGAGCCUCCAGAAAGACGAGGCGGCGAAGGAGGUGGCGGAGGGUAGGACGCAGCUGCCCCCCGAGGAGCUCCGCGGGGGCGGGAAGGAGGCGCGCCCGCCUCACAUGCAAUUCCCCUCGCCGCUGGCCCAGCAUCAGGGCUACGUGCCCUACAUGCACGGACCGUACGCCUACAGCCAGGGCUACGAGCCGAGCCACCCCGGGUACAGAGGCAUGCCCUCGGUCAUGAUGCAGAAUUACCCAGGCUCGUACCUGCCAGCCAGUUACUACGCCUCCUCAUACGGCGGGAAGGUGGGGGCGGGCGAGGACGGCGAGAAGCCCUCCAGGUCAAGUCCGUCUGUGAAGCCGUCCAGCGAGGCCAAAGCUCUGGACCUGCUGCAGCUGCACGCCAGCCAGUACAAAAGCAAGUCGCCGUCCAUCCAGGACAGCAAGACGCCACAUGACCGAGAGCGGGAGAGAGAAAGGGAGGGCGACCGGCCACGCUCCUCGCCCUCGCAGCGCAUCAUGCAGUCCCAUCACCACCUGGGAUACCCUCUGUACGACCUGUCUUACCCCUCAGGCCUCUCGUCCUCCGCCAUCGUCGCCAGUCAGCAAGCGUCCGCCCAGUCCAUGUACCCGCCCGCACGGAGGCACACCUGAUUGGCCAGCCUCUGCGCCUCUCCGAGUCAUGUGACUGGAUCACGUGAAGAAGUGUUUCUGUUUCCGUGACAUCAGUUCAGUGGUGUUCUGUGUGUGUUUGAUAUCUCUGCCUGGACGUCCAGCCAACUGCUCCGACCCUCGCCGGACCGGAUCCUGGUCCCGUUGGGUUCUGCUGGUUCUGGGCGGUCCCGUUGGCCAGCAGGUGCUGCUGGGAUGCAGAGCUCACAGUGACGUACCUGCAGGGACGACUGGGUGACCUCUGACCUCUUUCAGAAGGACGGGCUCAGCUCCGGGUGACAUCACACCGUUACCUGGAUGCGUCUCAGCUUCACGUGAAAUAAAGAGAACACUGGAUGAAGGAGGGCCGGCCAAUCAGAGGGCAGUAUUCAGACUGCUUCCUUGUACUGACUGAGUGACAGGCUCCUCCUCCUCAGUGUGUAGCUGUAAACAUGCUCUGUGUGUGUGUGUGUGUGUGUGUGUGUGUGUGUGUGUGUGUGUGUGUAAAUACUGUACAGAGGAAUUAUUUUAAAGAGCUGUUGGAUGAUGUUGGAUUUCCUACUCUUCUUUUUGUCUGGUAGUCUCUGCCUCUGUUUUUCUACUGUUGUUGAUCUAUAUUAAACCUGUAGCUGGUGGAGCAGCGCUCGAGCUCAGUGUCCUCAUUUAUUCCCUGAAAACACCACAGAGAAGCUGAUGUUGUGAAACGUCUUCGGGUCCUGGGAUGAUGGGAGGCAGGAGGGAUCCGCUCAGAUCAAAGGGUUCUUCUUCUUUCAAAACAAAAAGCUUGCAGACUCUGGUUUCAUUGUGUAGAAUAAAAUAUUUCCUGGUUUAAAAACGUAAAACAAAUGGAGAAAUGUGCUUUUGGAUGUGGAUCCAUCGAUGCCUUCUAACGCACCACCCCCCCUCUCCUUCUGCCAGCAGCAGCACAGUUUCACCCUGAGCAGCGGUUCAUUGAUGACCCCAUCUCAUCCUGUAUUUUGCUCACGCUGACGUGGCCUUGCUGCAUUGCUGACACGGUCUGAUGUUUCACUGCUGUUUCCCAGCAAGGCUUCAGUUUGUCUUCUGUUGGAUCAUUUUACCUGUAUGAUGAUGUUGAUACAGUUUCACCUGAGAGUUGCAGCUGUAAUCUCAGCUGAUGAAAUCUCUGCUGUUAGCUGUUUUUGUUUUCUCCAUGAUGCUAACCACUCUUGUAAGAAAAGGGGAGGGGCUUGGAGAAUUUCAGACACAUCUCUUCUUUACUCAGAACUUUCUGUCAAACUAACUUCAUUCAACAACUUGUAAAAAUCAUUUUGCAGUAUAAGUGUUGUGCUGUCUCUGGUCUCCAGAGCCGUCCUCACAGCAGACACCGUGAGGUCACUAAUGGUUGUGACGGUGCCGGAGACUUCAGGUGUCUGUAAACUGCAGAAUGAGAGCCAACGACGUCCAAAUGUACCAACAGGAAAACGCAAAACUAGAUGUGACAGCUGUGCAUAUCAUAACCAACAAGAUUCCAACAUUAUUAAUGCUAAGAACAAGCCUGCGGUUAGCAUGACAGGAAGUCGAGAUGAUGAAGAUAGUCCAGCCUUCAAACUAAGACGCGUGUUGUAUAAAAGUCUUUCUACAGAGUAAAGGACGGUUUGAGGUUCCUGCUGGCACCAUGCGCUGUCUGCACAAGCUGCUUCUUUGUCUUCCACCAUGUCUGCGAGACAUCAAGUUUGCAACAGGAAUCUUUCAUGGAGAACAAGCGGCGCAGAGCUCGAUGGCGUCAGUGCAGGAUAACGAGGGUCGACAUGUCUGUGGAGGUUUUCUCCUCACUGAAGACUUUGUGCUCACUAGUGCAACUCAGGCCUCACACACGUCGUUCUCGGCAACCACAAUCUGAAGAACGAUCCUGUUCAUCAGCUGUGGAGGGUUUUUGGGUCUGCCACUUAAGGACACACAGAUAUCCACUGAACGGAUUUCCACAUCUGUUCAUGUUUCCUCAUCAUCACGAGUGCCUCUGAGGAUAACUGAAAAGCUUCUGCUUGAUUGUAUAUGAAGAAAUAAAAGCCAAUAUUAAAAA